AUGGCUAAAAGAAAAUCUGUCGAAGCAGUACAAAGGUCCGACAAAAUGAAAAAACAUGUCGUCAAACAAGAGGUUGUUUCAAACGAUGAGUCAGAUGAGCAGUCUGAACACGUCGUCAAUGGUGUAAUCGACGAAGAAGUAAAAGAUGCAAUACCGGCCAACAUCCGUUGGCCCAACAAUGAUAUUCAAAAGCUUUUAACUCAAUUGGAAGCGGUGCUCCCGAAAAACGAUACCCUUGUGUUCCGUAAUCGUUUGCCGAAAAUAGAUUGGGACAAAGUAAAAUUCGAUAACUAUAAUAAACAAGAGUGUCAGGCCACAUGGACGGCGAUUCAAGACCAGUUGAGAACGCAAAAAACAUUGGGCGAUCUCGUGGAAGACGCAAAACACCUGUUGGCCACCAAAGGUAUUGAUACAAAUCAUUCCAAGCAAAAUCGUGUUCAAAAACCCAAGUCUGCUUACAUGUUGUAUUAUACUGGAAUUUUUCACAAGUACAAACAGAAAUAUCCCGACACGAAGCUGCCGCGACUUGCGCAAAUUAUAGCAGAAAAAUAUAAAAGCUUAUCGCCCGACAAAAAGCAAGGCUUUGUGGAUAGGGCGAAUCUACUGAAGACUGAGUAUAAUGAACUCAUGGCCAAGGCAAAUGCGGGUUACGUCAAACCCCAGUCGUUAGAACAGCAGCGAAAACCCAAGACUCCGUUUCAAAUAUUCUUGCAAUCCGAGGCCGAAGGGUUCGAAGGAAAUUUGGAAAAAACCGAAAUCGUUAACCAUUUUAAAGACGAAUGGGAAAAGAUGACCGAGAAGAAAAAAUCAAAAUGGAUUAAAUUGGCCAAUGAACGUGAGCAAGUUUACUUAGAUCACUUGAAAGAACAUCACAAAGACGACCCUGCAUUUACUAUGCCAAAAAAAAGCGCGUUAACCAAAGGAGAUAGGAUUAUUUUGGAAUCUCAGUCUGGAAAACCGAAAAAGCCACCUGUAAACAGCUACAGUCUUUUCUCGACCGAAAUGCUACAAGGCGAUUCUCUUGCCGGAAUUCCCCCGAAAGAAAAAAUGGCGAUUGUUGCGAAAAAAUGGAAAUCAUUUUCAGAGGAAGAAAAACGAAUCUAUACUGAUAAAUUAAAAGUAAUCACUGACCGUUAUUGGACUGAAUUCGAUGCAUAUCUAAAAACGUUACCGGACGAAGAAAGGCGAUUGGAAAUGACCAAAACGAAAGCCAAACCGAAAACGACAGAGCCGAAAAUCGUACCCCACAUAGACGCCAGAGAGGGAAUUUCAGAAGAACCGAAAAAAGCAUCAAAAAACGAGGUUUCUACGUUACAGUCGAAAACUAAGACACUUGAUGGUAAACCUUCCGAGGUUCCAUUUAAGAAACCAUUUGAUUUAUUCAAAAGUCGAUUCCGAAACAAUCCAAAGUCCAAGUCUAUCAAACGGCUUGAACCCCAAGCGUUGUUAGAAUGGAAUGCGUUAUCUGAUCAUAAGAAAAAAGCCUACGAGGACGAGCUGAAGUCGCUCAAAAAAGUCUACGUGAAAAAUAUAAAAGUAUUUUUGGGAUCGCUCACUGCCGAGGACUUAAAAACACUUUAUGUUAAACUAAGAAAACCCGAAUUAGUCGCAGAAGACGACGAUGGUUCUGACAACGUGUCAAAUGAUUCUAGUUCAUCUGAAGAAGAAGAUGAAGACGAUAGUGACACCGCAGAAUAUGAUAAUAGUGAAUUAUACUGA